AUGGCCACCACACCCGCGUUUACGGGCAGGGCCCUGCGCAUCGUGCUUGCUGACGGGGAGCCCCACGUCAUUGCCGCCUUCCAAAAGGCCUUUUCCUCCUCAGACACAUACCCGACCAUUGUCGGCACGGCCAGCACGCGCGCGGAGCUCACCGCCGCGCUCGGCGCCCAGCGCUGCGACGCCGUGCUCCUGGACAUGGGCACGUUUGGCGAGGCGUCGGUGCUGCAGGCGAUCCAGGACGGCGGGCUCGGCGAGCUCGGCGAGCCGCCCGUCAUCUACCUCUCGCACAGCCCGGCGUCGGACACGCUGGAGAACAUUGUGCUGCGCAAGACGGCGGCCGGCGUCGUCAAAAAAGACGACAAGACGGAGCAGCUCGUCUACGCCAUCGAGGCGAUCCUCGAGGGCGCCCCCGACGAGACGGCGGGCGUCAACCCGAACCGGCUGACGGCGCGCGAGAGAGAGGUCCUCAGGUACCUGCUCGAGGCCAUGACGACGGCGGAGAUUGCGUCCGAGGUGCACCGCAGCCUGAAGACGAUAGCGGCGCUCAAGCAGAGUGGCUGCGAUAAGCUGGGUGUGCAGAGUAUUGCUGGGCUGUUUAAGCUGAAAGAUCGCAUUCUUUGA